AUGGCGGCGGCGGCGGCGGCGGCGGACGCGGUCGCGGGGACCGAGGCUCCGAUCGCGGCGUUCGCGGUGGCCAAGGGCGGCGUCGUGCUCAAGCACAUCUUCCUCAACGUGCCGCCGGCGGAGGAGGCGCCGCGCGGCGGGGAUGCGGAUCCGGACGAGGAGGACCCGCCGGUACUGUUCGGGCGCCACCCCGACUGCCACGUCCUCCUCGACCACCCCAGCAUCAGCCGCCGCCACCUCGAGGUCCGCUGCAAGCGGCGCCAGCGCCGGAUCGCCGUCACCGACCUCUCCUCCGUGCACGGGACACGGGUCUCGGGCCAAAGGAUCCCACCAAACACGCCGGUCGAGCUGGUGGCCGGUGAUACGCUGCAGCUCGGGGCCUCCAAGAGGGAGUACCGGCUCCACUGGCUUUCCCUCAGCGAGGCAUUUGAGACGGAGGACCUGCUGCCGCCACUUGUCGAGGAGGACAAGGAGGAAUCCCACACUCAUCAGGAGGCACGGAAUCAGUUGGCACCUACGCAGACGGAGCCACUGGACACUGAAACUCAUCAGGAGAUGAUUCUGCAAGUAAUGUCAGAACAAACUGAAUUCUGUGCUGAAGUGAUCCCCUCGGCGCCACCAUUGCCUGAGUCUGCCAAUUCCAGUUCCCUGAAAGAAUCUUUACUCUCCGUUCUACAGGAAAAGAUUGUUAGUGAGAAUUCAGGUACAGAAUCUGUUGCCCCUUCCACAAUACAGGCAGCUAGAACACUGGUCCAAUCAGACAAACAGAAUGCAUCAGGCACCAUGUCCCGGAGGGCCAAGUUAAAGUCAGUCAAAUCUCUUCGCAUUGACACAGGAAGGAGAAGCAGAACUUUGAGCCACAGCUGUCAGAAAGAAGAAGACCAAUAUGAGAAUCUUGUAUGUUCUCAAAACUGCAAGGGCGAAUGUGCAGCCUGCAUGGUUUUAUUCAAGAAUUCUGAUGUCAGAGAAGCUGAAGAAAAGGAAAAGGUGAUUGCACCAGAAAAGGACCACAUGAACCCUCAUGUCUUGGACAUCAUUACCAUGGAGGGGAAUCAGGAAGUGCCUACUGUACAUAUGGAAUCCUAUGAGGCUGUGCCAGAAAAUCCUUUCACGCAUGCCAUAACUUGUGGAAAUACGACUAACCACCCAGACAUGAAGUAUGAUGAUGGAGGUCUCUCCAACAAGGAGAAAAUGUCCCAAAAUAAGAUUGCUAUGGAGGACUCUGAGCUUCAAGGCAUAAUUUUUGGGAGCAUAUUUGACAACUUGGAUACAGAAGGAAGAAGAACUGAAGAAAAAGAAGAGAACAGCCUAAUGGACAAGGAGAACACUACCCCUCUUGUCUCGGGAAACAUAAUAACUGAGAGGAGUCAGCUAAUGUUGAAGCCUAUCAGUUCACAAGAGUUGAUGGAUUCCAUUUCUCCUUUGAACUUGGAACAUGACAGCUUUUCAGAUAGUGAAAACUCCAUGCUGAACAUUGGUAACAAGAUGACGGCAAACGAACUAACAUCUGAAAAUCUUGAGACAGAGUUUAUUACCCUCAUGUCGGAUGAAGAUUUUAAUAAUGACAUCAUUCCAGACAAGGAAAACUCAGUGCUAGCUCCUGGAAAGUAUGAUGCUGCCAUCUCCCCUGCGAAACAAGAAGACCUCUUUCCUGACGAGAAUAUGACACCUGCCUCCAGGGAUCUCAAGCCCAUUGCUGGUAAUAUUCUUGGCUCAAGAAUGGACAGUUCGGUUUCAGCAGAAUACACUUCAAACAGAAGCAAGGUUCUUGGUUCAAGGAUGGAUAGUUCACUGUUGGCAGAAUACACUCCAAACAGGAGCAUCGAUCAACGGAAAUGCAAUGAUCUAUCAUCGAAGUCCAAACGUUUCCACACAGUAGAUGAUGAAGUUUUCUAUUCAGAUAAGGAGAAUUUGACACCUAUAUCUACAGGAGAUAUGAAAGCGAGAAGGUGUCUUCCAAAGAAUCUCUUCCAAUUGGAUGCAGACCAAGAUCAGGAGACCUUCUGCUCUGACAAGGAGAACUCUACACCAGCAUCUUCUGUAGUUCAGAAAACAAGGGAUAUGUCUGAAAACCGGGCACGGAUUGAAAGUGCAAUCACAAAGAAAAGGGUGGAAGAUAGGCUUCCUUUCCAGACUCUUGUCUCAAAUUCUCCCUUGAGACCGACCAGCUCAUUUGAUUCUACCCAGGCUAAUGCUGGAACAGCUGAUUUCUCAAUCAGGUUGGAAGAUGGACUGAACAGUUUUCCACACAAGAACCGAGAAUCAGAUAGGGUUGGAGAAGGGAUGAAAGUCUGGACCAUGGUGGCUGAUACUGAUUGUCUUCUUGAUGAUGAAUCAAUGAAGUCUAUAAUGCUACUAAAAGGAAUAAAAGGAACUCAUCUCAUCAUACCAAGAAUUGUGAUCAGGGAGCUCGAUUCCAUGAAACAGCGGGAGGGCCUGUUCAAGAGGUCAACAAAGGCCACCUCAACACUCCAAUGGAUCGAGGAGUGCAUGGCGAACGAGAGCUGGUGGAUCCACGUGCAGAGUUCAUCCGAGAUGUUGCCAGUAGCACCAACCCCGCCUGCAACUCCUACGGAAGCGCAACGCAGCGAUGGAGAAAGAGAAGCCACUGCUGCUGGCACCUUCAACACAGUGCUGUCCCUCUUCUCCCCAAGAAGCUUCACCGGCAUCUUCUCCCCGAGAAGCCUCACUGACAUUGUUUCCCCGAGGACUGAAGACCGUGUCCUGGACUGCGCCCUCCUCUUCAACAAGAUGAGGUGCAGCCAGAACAUGGUCAUCUUGUCCAACAGCGUCACCCUCAAGAUCAAAGCAAUGUCAGAGGGCCUGCUGUGCGAGGGAGCCAAGGAGUUCCGGGAGACGCUGAUGAACCCUUGCUCAGGCAGGUUCAUGUGGUCUGCGAGCGUGCCGAGGGGCGCGGCGUGGUCGCGCCUGGACGAGACCGCCCUGGCGGAGAACUACUACAACAGCCACCACCACCGUGAAGCCAGGAGGAAUGUCCCGGCCGCCAGGGGGCUCAAGCUGAUCCUGCUGCACAACAGCUCCUCCCUCGGCGCGCAUGCCGGCGACCAACUCCGUCGCCGCGAUGACGCCGUUGCUGGCUCCGCUGCAUCGGCCUGCUGGUGA